GAGAGCGAGUGGCUCCCGCGACACGAACCCCCAGAGAGCUUUCUCUCUCUACCUCUCUUUUCUCACCUUCGCCUUCGCCCACGAUUUCUACUCCGAUGCACCAUUCGUAAACUCUCUUCUCUCUCUCUCUCAUCCUCGAAGAAGUUUCUGCCUCAAGCUAGAAUCUCCAUUUUUGCCUUUGCGCUCAAGGUUUCUGAGUUACUGUCAUGACGGCGGGAAGGACAGUCAACGUCAGCAAUGUUUCACUUGGUGCGACUGAGCAAGACAUAAAGGAAUUCUUCUCCUUUUCCGGUGACAUUGAAUAUGUUGAAAUGAGAAGUGGUGAUCAAUGGUCUCAAGUGGCAUAUGUUACUUUUAAAGAUAAACAGGGAGCGGAAACUGCUAUUCUUCUUUCGGGUGCCACCAUUGUCGAUCUCUCGGUCGUCAUCACCCUCGACCCCGAUUACCAGUUACCUCCAUCUGCUUCAGCUCCUCCUCCAUCUGCUUCACACCCCGCUGCUGGCGCCGAAACAGCAGUCCAAAAGGCUGAAGAUGUUGUGAGCACAAUGCUUGCUAAGGGCUUCAUCCUGGGCAAAGAUGCUCUCAACAAAGCCAAAUCUUUGGAUGAAAAACAUCAAUUCACAUCCACUGCUACUGCCAAAGUUGCUUCCUUUGACAAAAAGAUUGGACUGAGCGAGAAGAUCAGCAUCGGCACUUCGGCCGUCAAUGAGAAGGUCAAGGAGAUGGACCAAAAGUUUCAGGUCUCUGAGAAGACGAAGUCGGCAUUCGCCGUCGCUGAGCAGAAAGUGAGCUCUGCAGGCUCCACCAUCAUGAAGAAUAGGUAUGUGCUCACCGGAACGGCAUGGGCUACCGGACUCUUCAACAAGGCAGCAAAGACUGCUUCCGA